UGGGCCGAGUCUCCACCCCGUGGUUUCUACUCUUUCUCUACAAUUAUAGUGACAGUCAACAUGUCUAAAGAAGACCACAAGCUGAGGCAGCGAAUCAGAUACCGCCAUGUAGAGAAGAUAUACAAAGACCUUGAAGAGCUCGGUUACCAUGACAACGACCCCCUGAAGGUGACUGACCUGAUCACGUUGGACCAGUGGCACUACUUCGGCACCGAGCCUGUCGACGCCGCCAUGAAGCUACUGGACAUCAGGGAGGGCGCGCGGGUCCUGGAUGUGGGGGCCGGUAUUGGGGGUCCCUCUCGGUACCUUGCGCACAAAUCCAAGUGUCACGUGACCGCCUCUGAACUGCUUCCCGACAACCACCGCGUGGGGCAAGACCUGACGUCACGCUGUGGCAUGACGGGAAGCGUGAAGCACGUGUGCGGUGACAUCAUCACUACAGAACUGGGUGACCAGGAGUUUGAUCACGUGAUGAGCAUCCAGGCCAUUUACUAUGUGGAGGACAAGCCCCGGCUGUUCCGUCAGUUGUACGACUCCCUGAAACCCGGAGGAACCAUCUGUUUUGAGGAGUUCUGCCGCCUGAAGGAUGUUGAGAACUCUGACGAGCAGGCGGCGCUGGACUUCUUCCUGCUGUGCGUCAACACCAUGCCGACUCACGGGGACUACAGGCAGCUUCUGGAGGACGCUGGGUUUCAAGUCACGGUCCACGACAUUUCCGACACGUACAGCGAGUACACGCACGGGCGCUGGGAGAACUGGGACCAGCAGCGCGACAAGUACGUGCGGCUGUACGGGGAGGACAUGGUGGACGGCUGGCUCAAGUUCAUCGUCACCGCCAAGAAGCUGUGCAACGAGUUCGGGCUGGUGGGAGGGGGGCGCUUCGUCGCGCGUAAAGUCUGAAGAUCAAUUUGAAGAUGGUUCUUUGAUGAUAAUAAAAACUACCUCCACCAAUAUGGUUAUGUUUUCUUAGCGUACUUUGUAGCGGGUGUUUUCGUUUUUUGGUAUAACCCCAUACAUAAUGGGUGUGAAGACAAAUUUGAAUAAGGUUCUACUCGUCUAGCUUUGAUGCUAACUACCCCCACCAAGAGGGUUAUGUUUUCGAAGCGUAGCACUACUAUGUAGCGGGUGUUUGUGUUUUUAUUCACCAUCACCCCAGAAAUUAUGGAUGAAAAGACCAAUGGGUGGGUUGAUGAUAUAACUAUUUUUGGUGGUGAACAGGCUCUUGUGCUUAGGAAGAAGUGAUAUAAGAUUUUAAAACAGGAGUCAAAUAUGUGAAGACUUCAUUUUAUUUUCUUUGAUUAUCUUGUCUCAUUGUAUGAUAUAAUAUGGCAGCUACAUAUCAUUACGACCCUCCCUCCCAACAUCUGCUUGGAGACUUAUGUACUAAUAAAACGGGCACUAUAUUUGGGAUAGACAUCAAA